AGACCAGGUGCGUAGAGAGAACCCCCUCUCCUUGCCAACGCCCAACACGUCAAAAUCCACCGCCUGUCUCUUCUCUCUUACUUUUCUCUCAACAAUCCAAGCUACUAAUCUCUGCUGAGUUGGUGAAAUGCCGUUAUAUAGAAGGAAACCGUUCCCUAUUUUGGAAAAACCUGAUGAUUUGAAGCCUGAGGAGCUGGUGUUUCAAGUUCGAUUUACCAAAGAGAUUUUUCGCGAUUAUCGUGAAUACUUAAAACGGAUAAAUCUCUAUCGCCAAAGAGUUUGGACAUGCAAGAGCACUGGGAAGAGCAAUUUGACAUAUGAAGAGGCUUUGGUUUCUGAAAAACAAGCCAAUGAAAAGGUUCAACAAUUCCCUAAAGAACUCAUGGAGCCUGUGUUACGUAAUGUUCAAUUCAGCAUGCUUCCUUUAAAAGAUCUUGUCAUUACCAUUUCUGCAAAGUUGCAAGAACGUUUGUUGGAGGGUACUGAAAUAUACGGGAGGAAGAACAAUCGAAUAUAUCCAUGCAAAAUAGUAAAAGUAAUUGAAGAGGAAGUUGAAAAGACACAAUAUCAUGUAGCAUGGCUUGAUAAAGAUAAGAAAGUAACUGAAAAUGCUGUGGUGAGUGGAGAAGAUUUGAUUAAGAAAAAAUUGCCAUUUAGUAGAGAUGUUUUGAAGUCUUUUAUUAGAGAGUCUACAGUUAGAAGUGUUCCUUGGGUGCUUCAUGAUAAGUUGGCAGUGAAAUAUGGGAUCUCUACUAAUCUUCCGGAAGAAUUGAGAAUCAAACUUUCGCCAAAGAGGAAACUUCCUAAAAAAGACAAGGAGGAAAACAAUGGAGAACAUAAGCGAAAGAAACCCAAUGAUGAUGCAAAACCAGAAAACAUUGAGCCAAUCAAAUAUCCGAUCGAUGAUUUAUUGGUGAAAGCUGCUGCAGAUGAUCCUGUCUUUACACCACGUCCUCCACCAAAUCCAGAAUUCAAUGUCCCAAUGGAAUGUGUUGGUGAUCUUUUGAUGGUUUGGGAUUUCUGUUCUUCUUAUAGUAAAUUCUUGAACUUAUCACCAUUUUCAUUGGAUGAUUUUGAAAAUGCCAUCUGCCAUAAAGACAACAGCAAUAUACUCCUGAUUGUGGAGUCCCACUCUGCUCUUCUUCGCUUACUUAUAAAGGAUGAUGGGGAUUAUUUUAUAGCUUUACAGAAGAAAAAACGGAAGCUAAAGAUUUCUUUGGUCACAUGGACGGAUUACUUGUGUGAUUUUCUGGAACUAAUUAGCAAUGAUGAAUUAUCCACUCACAUACCUACUAUAAAACGGGGGCAUUAUAGUCUUUUAGACAUUCAAGCUAAGAUCAACAUCUUUAUUGAAUUGGUUGCUCAAGUCAUGGCAACAGACAUAAUGAGAGAAAAGCUGGAUGAGUAUAUUGAAGAGAGACAUGAACUCGCGUCCAAAAAACGAGGUGAAGCCAUUGAAGAAAAUAAAAAGAGAAGAGAGAAAAAGGAAUUGGCAAAAGCUGCUUUAAAUGCAAAGGAGCAUAACGAUUCUGUUGGAAACAACUCGAAGGAUCAAAAUGGAAAUGUUGCAAAGAAACCGGAGAAAACUUCACCCACUCUGAAAAAACACAUAUCUGAAAACAGUGGGAAGAAGCAAGAGAAGACAUCUGAGAAGGAUGUGAAAAAGUCAAAGGUGGAUACAGAUCCCACAACAGCAAGUAUUAAAGUAUCAAAUGGAAAGGGGUCAAAGAAAUUGACUGAUGUUGAGAAAAAAGAAACAAAUGAUAUAGCAAAUAUAGAGCAGAGGAAAGAAUUUCUGGAGAGGGAAAUUGAGAAGAGAUAUAUACGCACAAAUCCGUUGGGUAAAGACAGGGAUUAUAACAGGUACUGGUUUUUCCGCAAGGAUUGGAGGAUAUUUGUUGAAAGUUGUGAUCACAAACAAUGGGGCUACUAUGCCACUAAAACAGAGCUUGACUCUUUGAUGGGGUCUCUAAAUGAAAAGGGUGAGCGAGAAAGGGCUCUUAAAAAGCUGUUGGAGAAACGUUACAAGAAAAUAUCGAGUGAAAUGCAGAAGAAAUCGAAGGAGGCACACAUGAUUCAAAUGGAAGAAGAGGCGGCACUAAGGAGGUCAAGCCGUGUACGUGCAGCACCAAGGGAUAAUCCUGCACGCGCUUUUCUCAAAGAAAGGGGAAAAGGAAAAAAAAAGCGGCAUCCGCACCGUCAACACAAAAUGAAAUAUUUGAUCCUGUCAACGGAAUUGUCGACAUUAACACUACAACCAACAAAGAGUUGUACACCAAUCACCGGUAAGAUUGAUGGGAGGUGA